AUGGUUGAGCACUAUACAUCGGCAUUUUUAGAGCACGAGCUUGCAAAUAUCCGAGACGAAGACAAUGCUUCGGUUCGGGAAGAUAGAAAGUUACGACAAUCCUGGCCUGGUCAAUCGACUAUUAAGUUACUGGUUCGGAUGGCGAGCCCGCUGUUUAUUUUCGCAGCUACCGUAUGCCGCUUUAUCGCUGAUCGCAACGACGCCAACCCCGACCGCCAGCUGCAGGAGGUUCUACACCUAGGUAGUGACAUCAAUUGA